AUGCAUCGCACUUACUCCAUGAGAUCCGCUCGGGCUCCGACCCAGUCCCAGCUCCAAAACCCGCCUCCUCCGCCUAGCACCACCAAAGCUGGUCGUCUCUUUGGUCGCAGCAACUUUGGUCACACGUUCAGAAAAUCUGCCGCUGGAGCAUUUGGUCCGGAUCUCGCCAAGAAGCUCUCCCAGCUCGUCAAGAUGGAAAAGAACCUAAUGCGCUCUAUGGAACUCGUUAGCCGGGAACGCCGAGAAGUCGCCCGUCAACUAUCCAUCUGGGGUGAAGAAGCCGACGAUGACGUCUCAGAUGUCACCGACAAACUCGGUGUCCUCAUCUACGAGAUUGGUGAACUUGAAGAUCAAUUUAUUGAUCGUUAUGAUCAGUAUCGUGUUACCAUCAAGUCUAUCCGAAACAUUGAGGCUUCCGUGCAGCCUAGUCGUGAUCGUAAACAAAAGAUAACCGACCAAAUCGCCCACCUUAAAUACAAAGAACCAAAUUCCCCAAAGAUCGUAGUACUAGAACAGGAACUCGUCCGCGCCGAAGCAGAAUCCCUAGUCGCGGAGGCACAGCUUUCAAACAUCACUCGCGAAAAGCUAAAGGCGGCAUUCGCUUACAUGUUCGACGCUAUGCGCGAGCAUAACGAAAAGAUGGCAUUGAUCGCAGGUUACGGAAAACACUUGUUGGAGCUUGUGGACGAUAAUCCUGUCACUCCUGGUGAGACCAGACCGGCUUAUGAUGGAUAUGAAAAUAGCAAGCAUAUCAUCCAAGACUGCGAAGACGCCCUCUCAAAUUGGGUUCCCGGCAACGCAGCCGUCAAAUCCUCACUCAGCGUCCGCACACGCAACCACCGUACCAAACGACGUCAACAAACCGAGGGAGUCAGUCUCGAUGACCGUGGCUCCUGGGUCUCCGCAGGUGAACACGAGCGAAGAGUCGAUGACGAUGAGGAUGAAGACGAUGAAGAAGAGGUUGGAGAGGAAAUUGAUGAUGAAGAUGAGGAUGUUAAGCUUGCUAGGAAACGUCUUGAGGCGGUUUAG